CUUCUGGUGUCUCUUCCUCAGAUUCAGGACAUCAGCGUGGAGACUGAAGACAACAAGGAAAGGCGAUCGGCUAAAGAUGCCCUGCUGCUGUGGUGCCAGAUGAAGACGGCCGGGUACUCCAAUGUCAACAUCCAUAACUUCACCACCAGUUGGAGAGACGGCAUGGCCUUCAAUGCACUCAUCCAUAAACACAGACCCGAUCUGAUUGACUUUGAUAAGCUGAGAAAGUCCAACGCUCAACACAACCUGACAACCGCUUUCAACCUGGCAGAGCAGCAUCUGGGCAUCACCAGGCUGCUGGACCCUGAAGGUACCAACCAGUCUGACCAAAACAGAACCACUUUUAUUCCAAAGGGGACGCAUCAUGCAAAAUUCUCUUUCUUUUUUUUUAUUUUCGCACAUCCGUUUGUCACUCUCUGCCUCUAGAAACAAUCCAAAUAA